UUUUAAUGAAAAAGUAAAUCAAUUCCGUCCCACAUUCACACAAUCGCGACCAUUCUGACCCAUCUCUCCCGCAACCCGUUGUCUCGUUGCUGGUUCGUUUUGUCCCCCUCGUUCUUCACCGUUCUGCGGCUUGAAUCUUUAUUUGGAUUUUUUCACUUUCAGAAGUUGCUAAGAUGGAAAACAACGACCUAUUUCCUGCUAAGAAGCAAGAAGCUGAGGAAACUAAGUUUAUUUCUGAGGAGAAGCCUCCUCCUCCUGUGACGACCAAAGUUGCUAAGAUGGAAUAUACCGACUGGUCUCCAUUGCUGAAGGAAAACUGCGAAAAGUAUCUUGCUAAGCAGAAAGAAGAGGACCGUAAGUAUUUUUCUGAAUUUCUUCGUAAUAAACUUAAACGUCCUGCUGUGAAGACCAACGUUGCCGACAAUCAUACUCCUGCUGUGACAUCCGGCACGCUUUUUGUGAUUUCUGACCCAUUUCUUGCUGAAAUUACUAAGAGGCUAGAGGAAGAGUCUCUUGAGACGACCUAUCCGGUUUGCAACCCUUUUGCUGCUAAGAAAGAAAAGGAAAGUAAGUUCGUAAUGACCAAACCGCUUGUUGCUGAGAAGUGUCCUGUGACAUCUGACUCGCUUUUUGUGAUGUCUGACCCGCUUCUUGCUGAAAGAGUUGCUAAGAGGGUAGAGGAAGAGGGGCCUCUUGAGACGACCAAUCUGGUUUGCAACCCUUUUCCUGCUGUGAAGACCAACAUUGCCGACAAUCAUACUUUGCCAUUUCCCAAGCUGUUGCCAAAUGAAGGAUUAAAAGUUGAUAGCUAUGAGGGAGGUCCUUUUGGGACAUUUUUUAACAAUGAAAAAAUGAAAAGUAAACUAUGCUGUUGUCAGUCUUCUAAGAUGUCUCUCAAUUUCAACUCACUCCUUGAUGCAAAGCAGCUAGGUAAAAAAGUUGAAGUUGCUAAGAUGGAAUAUACCGACUGGUCUCCAUUUCUGAAGGAAAACUGCGAACGGUAUCUUGCUAAGAAGAAAGAAGAGGACCGUAAGUAUUUUUCUGAAUUUCUUCGUAAUAAACUUAAACGUCCUGCUGUGAAGACCAACGUUGCCGACAAUCAUUCUCCUGCUGUGACAUCCGGCACGCUUUUUGUGAUGUCUGACCCGUUUCUUGCUGAAAGAUUUACUAAGAGGCUAGAGGAAGAGUCUCUUGAGACGACCAAUCCGGUUUGCAACCCUUUUGCUGCUAAGAAAGAAAAGGAAAGUAAGUUCGUAAUGACCAAACCACUUGUUGCUGAGAAGCGUCCUCUGACAUCCGACUCGCUUUUUGUGAUGUCUGACCCGUUUCUUGCUGAAAGAGUUGCUAAGAGGCAAAAAGUAGAGAGCUUAGAGGAAGAGCUUCUUGAGACGACCAAUCCGGUUUGCAACCCUUUUCCUGCUAAGAAAGAAAAGGAGAGUAAGUUCGUAAGGACCAAACCGCGUGUUGCUGAGAAGCAUCCUGUGAUGUCUGACCCGUUUCUUGCUGAGAGGCCUCCUCACAUGUUUCUAAACAUUUUUUUUGCUUAUAAGCAAAAAGUGGAAGAACUUGCUGAGGUGCUAAAAAUAGAGAGCAUGGAAGGAGAGCCUCAAGUCACGCCCGACCCUCUUGUUGCCAAGAAGCAUCAUGUGUCGACCAUGUUUCUAAACCUUUUUCUUGCUUAUAAACAAGAAGUGGAAGGAGUUGCUAAGAUGCUAAAAAAAGAUAGCAUAGAUGGAGAGCCUUUUUUGACGACUGACCCUAUUCUUGCUGAGAAGCCUCCCGUUCUUGCUUAUCAGCAAGAAGUGGAAAGCUCGAAGAAGAAAGAAGAGGAAAGUAAUACAACCAACAUUGCCGAGAAGCAUACUUUGACGUACUUUGACGACAAACCUGUUUCACAACCUGCAUCUUCAAGUGAUACAGCUACAUGAAGAACUUGCCAAGGAGGGGCGCCUUUCAAACAACAAAGAGGACAAUCCCUUUGCACCAUUUGGAUGAUGGGAUCAGAAAUUAAGUGUAUAUGUUGAUUUUUGUUCAAAGUAUCUAUCCCUUUUGAUGAUUAUAUUUCAAAAUUUCCCUGGAGACACUUGUAAGUAAUAUUGGGUUUGUAACAGAUGAACUCUUUCUGUUUUAUUAUUUUUUUGACAAAACUCUUACUAUUUCUUAUUUCCUAUUGUCAUAUCAGUUAUAACUAAAGGUAGUAUAGAUUACAAUGGAGGAAGAACCAAAACUCAACUUUGAAA